AUUAACAAUUACAAAGUAUUCAAUUAUCUCAGUGUAAUUAAGGUGAGGGCAAAGUAAAUACACAAAGGUAAGUAGCGCUCGUUUAAGAAAAUACGAAGCCGAUAGAGAAAUACGAUUUCAUAGCUGAGCGAAACUUGCUACCCGGAAGCGAUGUAUGGAGAAAAAAAAUAUAGCAGCUAUGUAUAGGCUCGAGAAUAUGACAGAAAGAAAACGUUCAUAUGGAAGGAGAGAAACGUCGACAACACCUAGGCUACUGAGAGCGAGGUAGUCUCUCACAUUCGGUGGAGGGCUCUCUGCAAGAGUGAAAAGGAAAGACAAUGAUAGUUUGCAUAGGAUUCCCACACGGACGCGAGAAAAUCGUCUUGCUUCAUUUCAGAAAAAAAUACGAAGCCGAGAGAAAUGAACCUGCAGAGAGAAUCGGGAGAGAGAUGAGGAAGGGUUUUUGAUCGGGAGACUGGAACUCCACAGACAUUCUGUUGGUUAAGUUUGGCGUGAUAGCACGCAGUUUCUGCUAUUCCGGUAAUUUAUUUUAGAAAGCCGCGAUGGCGUCAAAGGGUCACGACAAUGGCGCAGUGAACGCUUCCGACCGAAAAACGAAGAAGAAGAAACUCGACGUUAUCUUGCAGGAACUGGCUAACGAAAAAGCUUCCAGGAUCAAAAUGAGUAAGCAAUUAGAAGUUGCCAACGAGACAAUCAGAGCUUUGCAAACAAGUCUAACAGCACCUCGUAGCGAAAGUUUACAUAGCAGUGAUUUCGUAAGAGAUAACGGUCCUACCAGUACUCCGCAGCAUUGUAACGAUGUAGAAGCGGAAACAAACAGGGUUGGAUUUCCCGUUAACCUUGACCCCGUAAGUACUCCGCUUCAGGGAAAUUCGAUGGGAAUGGAAAUGUCUCGGUUCAUGUCUUCGAUGAACCAAAUGUCCGUUACUUCCAUCAACGUUCCAGAGUGUAAGCCUGCCUUCGCUGGUGAGCAAAUUGGGCGCCGUGAUUAUGAAUCGUGGAUUGAUCUUCUAUCCGACACUCUGAAACUAGCGGGGGUACAGGACGAGCGUACAAGGUUCAUCGUUUUCAAGGUUAAGGCGGGACCGGUUCUCUUGGAAAUCUUCAAGAAUACAAAGUCGAGUGCCGAAGCCCCAAAUGAAGUGACUCUUCCGUUUUCGAAUGCCCUGUUCAGGAUGAAGACGUAUUUCGGGUCAGCUUCCGACGCUAUGCUCCAACGCCGCAAACUCGCACUCAUUAUACAGCGUUCGGAAGAAACGGAUUUGGCGUUUGUUAUGAGAGUUGGUUCCACAGCCCGCCUGUGUGACUUUCAGGAAGGAAAAGAGUUCGACGAGAUCGUGAAUGCUGUUGCCGGCCAUGCAAGCAACAAGGACGUAAGGGCAGCGGCCCUCAAGAUGGUCAAUCGACCGGGGACGUUCACUGAUUUGGUGGACGUGGUUCGUGAAAUCGAGGCGGUAGCUAUGAAUGAAGAAUACUACCGGUUGAAGCAUGGUAAGCCUGAACCAGCUAAAGUGGCGGCUGUUGGUAAUCCAUAUCCAAAAGCAGGCCCAUCAAGACGUGGAGUUUAUCGGCAUCCAGCGUCAACUCGGGGAAGGUUAGGACAUCCGUACGCUGGACCCUUCAGAACCGGAUCUCGAUUGCCACCAGAUCAGAGGAGAUUUGGAAACUCUCAAGGAAAUGAGUCAUACAGCUGUUACAGAUGCAAUGGUACCGACCACCACGCAGAUGGCUGUUUCGCAAUUGAUACGACAUGUUUCAAAUGCGGACGUAAAGGUCACCUUAAGAGAGCAUGCCGUCCACCAAUCAAGAAGGAAAAUCAUCGCAGAUCCGAAGGUGUUAAUCCGGAUAACACUGUUGGUAAGAUUGCUUCGAUCGACUUGAAUCCGGUGGCCGAGGCUGAUGAGAAUGCUGCUGAGGAUGGGUUGCAUAUUGCAACACUUUUGAUGCCAAAAACUUCGACGGAUGAUGGGAUAAUUACGGCAAAGGUUGCAGGAUUAGAGUGUGAGUUCCUUAUUGACUCUGGAGCCCAAGUCAACACUCUAACACAUGAUCGCUUUGAUUUAUUGCGCAACGAUCGUAGAUACAGAAAGGAAUUGUUCAAUAUACAGUAUAGUACUGACCGACCGUUGAAAGCAUAUGCGACGGAAGGUGAAAUACCAGUUACGUUCACUUUUGAGGCUUUUCUGCAUAUAUCAGACGACCGUCCAAGUUUACUAGAAAAAUUCUACGUUGUCAAGGAAUGUAGAUCGUUGCUGGGAAGAUCAACUGCUACCCGAUAUAGCGUUCUGUUGCUAGGUCUACAAGUACCUGUUAACUCAGUAAAGUCUUCGACACACUCGUGGUACGAUCCACGUGAGAUUGCAUCGGUUACGAUGGACGAAGUUUUUCCAAAAUUUAAUAUCCCGCCGAUACAGUUGAGCUAUGACCAGACCAGGCCGCCUUGUCGCAACGUUUUCAUGAAUAUCCCGAUAGCCGUUAAACCUAUGGUUGAGAAACGGUUGCAUCAACUCCUCGCAGCGAACAUCAUUGAACGGGUAACACACGAAAUGGAGGAUACAUUUUGCUCGUCGAUGCUGGCUAUACCUAAGGGCAAGGACGAUAUCAGAUUAGUGAUAGACCUCAGAGGCCCGAAUAGCUACAUCCAAAGAUCUCCAUUUGCCAUGCCAUGUCUAGAGAAGAUUCUGGCGGAACUAGAUGGUGCGCAGUGGUUCUCGACUAUUGAUAUGUCCAAUGCGUUCUUUCACAUUGAACUUCACGAGAACAGUCGCCACCUUACAAACUUCUGCACGGAGUUUGGAAUGUACCGGUGCGUAAGGCUUCCUUUUGGAUUAUGCAACGCACCAGACAUUUUCCAGGAGGUACUUCAGAGGAAAAUUCUGGCGGGUUGUAAGGGAGUAAAGAACUAUUUAGACGAUAUCCUCAUUUUCGGAAAAACACAAGAAGAGCACGACGAAAACCUUAAUACGGUAAUGGCGUGUCUGCAAGAACACAACGUAAAAAUAAACGCUUCGAAGUGUGUUUUCAAGAGCCAAUCGGUCAGGUUCCUGGGUUUUAGGCUCACUGCAAACGGAUGGCAGAUCGAAGAGGAGAAGAUGAGCGCCAUAAGAGAUUUCCGUAGGCCAGAAACGGUAGCGGAAGUAAAGAGCUUUCUGGGCCUUGUAACAUUCGUCGAUAAGUUUGUGCCACAUCGAGCAACCAAAACUGAAAAGUUACGAAUGUUGGCCAACUCCAUUAAAUUUUACUGGUCCGAAGAAGAAGAACGGGAGUUUCAAACGUUCAAGUGCGAAGCAUUGGAGGCAAUUAAAACUCUCGGAUACUUCAAUACCGCUGACAAAACAGAACUUUUCGUUGAUGCGUCGGCUAUCGGCCUGGGAGCAGUCUUAGUGCAGUUUAACGACAAUGGAAUACCGAGAAUCAUCGCAUGUGCUUCGAAAGCAUUAACAGCAACUGAGCAGAGAUAUCCGCAGACCCACCGAGAAGCUCUGGCUGUAGUAUGGGGCGUGAAUCGCUUCGCGUACUAUUUGUCCGGAAGGACUUUCAUUAUACGGACGGAUGCCGAAGCUAACCAAUUUAUUUUUGGAAGGGAACAUCGGAUUGGGAAACGAGCAGUUUCGCGAGCAGAGGCGUGGGCGUUACGCCUACAACCUUUCGACUUCACGAUUGAGCGAGUUCCUGGCAAAGAUAACGUUGCGGAUGUAUUAUCAAGGCUGAUGAAGAUGUCUCAAGACGCAGAACCUUUUGAAGAUAGUGCCGACGAACACGUGCUGUUUGCAUUAGACACAGGAAAUAUGGACAUCUCUCUAGGAGAAAUCGAAGUGGCUGCGGAACUGGAUGAAGAGUUGAUACAACUAUGCAAAGCAUUGAAGAACGAUGAAUGGCCUCGCGAACUAAGGCGAUACGAAGCACAGAAGAAGCAUCUACACUAUCUAGGCACCUUGGUAUGCAAAGAUGACAAAAUUGUCUUACCCAACUCACUUCGAUCAAAGGCUAUGGAAUCUGCUCAUGGAGGACACGUGGGAGAGGUUGCCAUGAAAAGGAUAAUGCGCGAGUUCUUUUGGUGGCCUAGAAUGGCUGCAGAAACAGAACGGUUUGUGAAAGAUUGUCAAACCUGUUGCAUGUUGUCCAAGAAAAAUCGUCCAUUACCCAUUUCAUCACGUAAUCUUCCUGAAGGACCUUGGGAAAUAAUACAAACGGAUUUCCUCUCUAUUCCGGGAUAUGGAACAGGGGAUUUCCUAACGGUGGUCGAUACUUACUCUCGUUACCUCUCCGUAGUCGAAAUGAGGGGCAAAACAGCAGAAGCUACAAACGCUGCACUGUGCGAUAUUUUUAAGCUUUGGGGUUGUCCUUACAUCCUGCAGAGCGACAACGGACCACCUUUUAAUAGCUCUACGUAUUGUUCGUUCUGGGAAAAUAAGGGCGUUCAUAUCCGGAAAUCGAUACCACUGUGUCCCCAAACAAAUGGGCUUGUGGAACGCCAAAAUCAGUCCAUCAUAAAGGCUGUAUCAGCAUCGACACUUGAUGGUACCAAUUGGCGUAUGAGCUUGGAUAAAUUCGUGCACAAUCACAACACGCUAAUUCCACAUGCGAGACUGAUGGUUACACCAUUCGAGUUAAUGGUCGGGUACAAAUAUCGUGGCACUUUUCCAACUCUCUGGACCGAGUCUCGUUCGAAGGGAUUAGACAGGGACAAUAUUAAGGAAUUGGAUGCUGAAGCAAAGCUUUACAGCAAACAUUACGCAGAUCAGUCACGAGGUGCGAAAGAAAGUUAUAUCAAGGUUGGCGAUGUCGUACUGAUGAGCCAGCAAAGAAAACACAAAAGUGAUCCAACAUUUUCUUCCGAACGCUUCACUGUAAUCACUAGAACUGGUGCAAAAGUUGUAAUCAUGAGUAGCAAUGGCGUGCAGUAUGCAAGAAAUGUACAAGAUGUGAAACUGGCCCCACCGGCAAAGGAGCUUAAUUUUUCGGAAGAUUCAGGGGAAGACAGCGUUCAUCAACACGCAGAUCGCAGCGGACUGGCAAUAAUUCUGGAUGAGGACUCGGAGAAACAAUUGACAGAUGAUUAUCUGGAGCAGCACCAGGUACAGUCUUCAAAAAAUACACUGCAACCCAACCAACAUAUUCCAAACAAAACCACACUUCGUCACCAUUCUAAUGUGAGAAGACCAGCACGAUUCAACGAUUAUUUUAUUUACCAUAUCUAUCAAUGAACAACUGAUUAUUCAAAAUUAUUAGAGUAGAGGUACGGAAUAUUGUAGUAGAUAGAUGUCUCAUAUUAAUAAAUAAAUUAACAAUUACAAAGUAUUCAAUUAUCUCAGUGUAAUUAAGGUGAGGGCAAAGUAAAUACACAAAGGUAAGUAGCGCUCGUUUAAGAAAAUACGAAGCCGAUAGAGAAAUACGAUUUCAUAGCUGAGCGAAACUUGCUACCCGGAAGCGAUGUAUGGAGAAAAAAAAUAUAGCAGCUAUGUAUAGGCUCGAGAAUAUGACAGAAAGAAAACGUUCAUAUGGAAGGAGAGAAACGUCGACAACACCUAGGCUACUGAGAGCGAGGUAGUCUCUCACAU